GAUGCGGGGACUUGCAGAGCGGCUCCUGCCCGGCGUCGUGGUCCCGAAAGCACGCGAGCCGCGGGGAGUCGCCGCUGGAGAGGGGCUCGGCGCCCGGCGGGGACUGCAGGCGAUGACUCAGGAUGCAGCCAGGGGCCACGACGUGCACGGAGGACCGCAUCCAGCAUGCCCUGGAGCGCUGCCUACACGGGCUCAGCCUCAGCCGCUGCUCCACCUCCUGGUCAGCUGGCCUGUGUCUCAACUGCUGGAGCCUACAGGAGCUGGUCAGCAGGGACCCGGGCCACUUCCUCAUCCUCCUGGAGCAGAUCCUGCAGAAAACCCGAGAGGUCCAAGAGAAGGGCACCUAUGACCUUCUCGCCCCCCUGGCCCUGCUCUUCUACUCCACUGUCCUCUGCACGCCACACUUCCCACCCGAUUCAGAUCUCCUUCUGAAAGCAGCCAGAACCUACCACCGGUUCCUGACCUGGCCUGUUCCCUACUGCAGCAUCUACCAGGAGCUGCUCACCUUCAUUGAUGCUGAACUCAAGGCCCCAGGAAUCACCUACCAGCGACUGGUGAGGGCCGAGCAGGGCCUGCCCAUUAGAAGUCACCGCAGCUCCACCGUCACCGUGCUGUUGCUGAACCCAGUUGAGGUGCAGGCUGAGUUCCUCGCUGUGGCCAACAAGCUGAGCACGCCCGGGCACUCGCCCCACAGCGCCUACACCACCCUGCUCCUGCACGCCUUCCAGGCCACCUUCGGGGCCCACUGUGACCUCCCAGGGCUGCACGGCAGGCUGCAGUCCAAGAGCCUGGCCGAGCUCGAAGACAUCUUCACGGAGACUGCGGAAGCUCAGGAGCUGGCUUCUGGCAUCGGGGACGCAGCCGAGGCCCGGCAGUGGCUCAGGACCAGGCUGCAGGCGGUGGGAGAGAAAGCUGGCUUCCCCGGCGUGUUAGACACUGCCAAACCUGGCCAGCUCCGCACCAUCCCCAUCCCUGUCGCCAGGUGUCACACUUACAGCUGGAACCAGGACAGCUUCGACAUCCUGCAGGAAAUCCUGCUCAAGGAACAGGAGCUACUGCAGCCAGGGAUCCUGGGGGACGAUGAAGAGGAGGAGGAGGAGGAAGAAGACUUGGAAACGGACGGGCUUUGUGCCCAGAGGGACUCACUGCUCUCCACCAGCUCGGCGGUCUUCCACGACUCCGACCUGUCCCUCGCCUCCUCCCAGGCCUCGGGGCCCGCCCUCUCCCGCCAGCUGCUGACCUCCUUCGUCUCGGGCCUCUCAGACGGCGUGGACAGCGGCUACGUGGAGGACAGCGAAGAGAGCCCCACCGAGUGGCCCAAGAGGCCGGGCGGCCAGGAGCGCCGGGGCCACCGCAGGCCCGGGCAGAAGUUCAACAGGAUCUAUAAACUCUUCAAGAGCACCAGCCAGCUGGUGCUGCGGAGGGACUCCCGGGGCCUGGAGGGGGGCUCGGUCUCGGGCCUGCCGCUGCGGCGGGCGGGGAGCCUCUGCAGCCCCCUGGACGGCCCGGUGCCACCGCCGCCGCCGCCGCCCCCCGCGCGGGCCCAGCGCUCGCGCUCCCUGCCCCAGCCCAAGCUCAGCGCCCAGCUGCCCAGCUGGCUCCUGGCCCCCGCCUCGAGGCACCAGCGCCGCCGGCCCUUCCUGAGCGGAGACGAGGACCCCAAGGCGUCCACACUACGCGUCGUGGUCUUCGGCUCCGAUCGGAUUUCGGGGAAGGUGGCUCGGGCCUACAGCAACCUGCGGCAGCUGGAGAACAACCACCCGCUCCUCACACGGUUCUUCAAGCUUCAGUUCUUCUACGUGCCCGUGAAGCGAGGCCAGGGGACCGGCUCCAGUGCCUGCCCCGCCCCCGCCAGCCAGACGCCCCCACCCCCCACAGACUCCCCGAGGCACCCCAGCCCUGCGGAGCUGGAGAGCACCAAUGACAUCUCCCACUACCUCGGCAUGCUCGACCCCUGGUAUGAGCGCAACGUGCUGGGCCUCAUGCACCUGCCCCCCGAAGUCCUGUGCCAGUCUCUGAAGGCGGAAUCCCGGCCCCUGGACGGCUCCUCAGCCCAGCUGCCCAUCCUGGCGGACAUGCUCCUCUAUUACUGUCGCUUCGCCGCCCGGCCGGUGCUGCUGCAGGUCUAUCAGACAGAGCUGACUUUCAUCACCGGGGAGAAGAUGAAAGAGAUCUUCAUCCACUCCCUGGAGCUGGGUCACUCUGCUGCCACACGUGCCAUCAGGGCUUCGGGUCCUGGCAGCAAGCGUCUGGGCAUCGAUGGUGACCGCGAGGCCAUCCCUCUAACACUACAGAUUAUUUACAGCAAGGGGGCCAUCAGUGGACGAAGCCGCUGGAGUAACAUGGAGAAGGUGUGCACCUCUGUCAAUCUUAGCAAGGCCUGCCAGAAGCAGGAGGAGCUAGGUGAGGGGGCGCGGGGCGGGGGGGGGGGGGCGCGACAGGGCGGCGCCGCCCCUCAGAGCCUGGCCUGAGCCGCCCCUGCCCCUCAGACUCCAGCAUGGAGGCCCUGACGCUAAACCUGACAGAGGUGGUGAAAAGGCAGAACCCCAAGUCCAAGAAGGGCUUCAACCAGAUUAGCACAUCACAGAUCAAGGUGGACAAGGUGCAGAUCAUCGGCUCCAACGGCUGCCCCUUCGCGGUGUGCCUGGACCAGGAUGAGAGGAAGAUCCUGCAGAGUGUGGUCCGGUGUGAGGUCUCACCUUGCUACAAGCCAGAGAAGAGCAGCCUCCACCCCCAACCCCAGAGGUCCCUGGACCCGCCAACACAGGCCCCGCCGGACCUCUGCUCCCUCCUCUGCCUGCCCAUCAUGACGUUCAGUGGAGCUCUGCCCUAG